CCCAGCGUGUAGCGGUUGUGAGAGAAAGAGAGUUGUUUCCAUUCCAUCACAAUAAAACCUUAUCUUUCUCCAUUUUUCUAUCUUCUCUUUCGGAGCUCUCUCCAUUUCUCAGCCGCUCCCCACAAUUUCCUGUUAACACGCACAUACAGGACUUUUCUCCAUUCAAAUUCCUUCACUUCCUUCUCCAUUUUCAUUGUCUUUACCUCUCGUCGAUGGACUCCAAGGACUUGGCCCAACAACCGUCGCAACAGAAUUCGGUCUUCUCAGGUUCUUCUUCCACUUCCUCCUCCUCUUUUACCUCUUCUACCGUUGAUUCCCAUGUCGAUACUCCCUCUCUCGAUGAACCUGAGAUGGGGGUUGCUAAAAUUAAAACUAGUGUAGUUGCCGAUGAGGGUGGUAGUGAUGGUGAUGGUGCUGGUUCCGAAACUGAAGGGUUUUUGAGUGGGGAGGAGGAAUUUGAGUCUGCUUUAGAUAGACCAAUUGUGGGUUAUGCAGAAGAAGAGUCCCUCGGGAAAUCCGCCCAAGGGGAUGAUACUGGUACUUCUUUUGUGGGUUAUUCUCAACUUUCUGCUCCGGUUAGUGGUAGGCCAAUUGCGAAGGUUUCUGUUGAUAGUGACGUCGAGGAGGAAGAUGAGGAGGAGGACGACCUUCAGGUGGAUGAGAACUUGAGAGGAAAGGAGGAAAUUGAGGAUAAAGUGGGUGGAGAAGAUGUUGUUGAGAGUAAGAAGGGGAGGGAAGUUGAGGUUCCAGUGGAAAAGGAGGAGAUUGUUGCAUCUGGUGGAAGUGGGAAUUCGGGUGAUGUGGUGAAUGAAGGGAAUGAUGAUGAUGAUGCUAGUCAAGUGCAAGAAAGAACAAUUGAGUUGUCGGGGAACUCAAAAGAGGGCAAUGUGCCUGAAAGUUUAGUAACUGAAGAUGUUCGCUCUGUGCCCGAGGAAUCUGUUGAUGGUGGGAAGCAGGUGGCAGAGGGGGAUGAAUUGAAUGAUGUAACAGUUAAACAGCCACAAAAUGAGGCUUCAGAUGGAGAAAAAGAAGCAGAGUUGGAUAAAGAAACUCUGGCGGGUGGGAAGCAGGCUGGUAAAGGGAUUGACUUGAGUGAGAAGGUGGUUGCUGAGGAUGUAGAGCAAUUGAAAGAACAGGAAACGCCUGGUUCUUCUUCUGAUGAUAAAGCUGAUUUGGGAGACCAAGCAAGCUCUAAGCUUGUGGAACUAGCAGAUGAAAAACAAGAGGAGACGCUUGUGGCUGAGAAGCAGGUAGAUGUGGAGGUCAAAUUGAAUGACACGGUGGCUGCUGCUGAUGAUGGAGAGCAGUUGAAAAAUUUAGAAACUGAUUCUCCUGUUGACAACAAAAUUGUUCUAGCUGAUGACGAAAACUCAGGGGUUUUAGAACCGGCAGAUGGAGGACAAGAAGCAGAAAUGGCUAAGGGAAGCCCCGUGGCUGAAAUGCAAGCAGAUGGGGAAAUUAGAUUGAAGGGCAAGGUGGAUGCUGAAGAUGGAGAGUUGUUAACCAAAUUGGAGCCUGUUUCUUUUGCUGACAACAAAACGGAUGAGUUUACUGCUUCAGCUUUAGAUGACAAAACCUUGCAUGAAAGUUCACAGGUAUCAGCAACAGAUGUUUUAGGUAAUCCAGAGGAAAUAAAGGACUUGGAAAAUAAGGAAACUGCAAAUUUGGCGCAUGGGGCUACCAAAUUGGAUAAUGGAUUUGAUAGUGUUGGGCAUGAGGUGAAUCAGCCUGUUGACAGCGAUUCUGUGGUUUUGAACUCUGAGGUUGAUAAUAGCAUGCCAGGUGCCAAUAUUGCAGUUGGAACAGAAGAAACAGAACCUCAUGGAAACAGAGCAAUUGCUGCAUCUGAUAUUGCAAAAAGUGAAAAUCUUGCGGUUACGGAUGUAGAAGAUCAGCAGCUUGAUGGCGUUGGGGCUUCAACAGUUAAUGAAGAAAGAGAAACUGUGAAUCUUGCUGAUUCUCCAAGUAAAGCAGGGAAUGAAAAAGACUCUAAAGAUGAUUCUAAAAUAAGGGAGGAUGUGCCUGGUGAUGUUGAAUCUGAACCGUCUCAGGAGGAUAGGGGCUUGAUUAAAGAAAGCAUCCCAGAUAAUGCUUCAGUGAAAGAUAGUGGAAUUUCUGAUGCUCCUAAGUUACUUGAACCAGUUUUGAGUGAAGUAGAUGGUGAAAAGCAUCCUUUAGAUGAAGAAGGUGAUAUUGAGGGUUCUGGUACAGAUGGAGAGACUGAAGCUGAGAUAUUUGGUAGCUCUGAAGCUGCUAGAGAAUUCUUGCAGGAAUUGGAGAGAGCCUCAGGAGCUGGUUCCCAUUCUGGUGCAGAGAGUUCGAUUGAUCACUCACAAAGAAUAGAUGGCCAGAUUGUCACAGAUUCGGAUGAAGCAGACACGGAGGAUGAAGGUGAUGGAAAGGAGUUGUUUGAUUCUGCUGCUUUGGCAGCACUUCUGAAAGCAGCUAGGGAUGCUGGCUCAGAUGGUGGUCCUAUCACUGUGACAACUCAGGAUGGCUCCCGGCUUUUUUCCAUCGAACGUCCUGCUGGUCUUGGAUCCUCACUUAUAUCUGGAAAAAAUGCUUCCCGCCCAAGCCGUCCUCUAACUUUUGCCUCAUCGAAUCCUAGAGUGGGGGAUGAUGCUGAAAAUAAAUUGAGCGAAGAGGAGAAAACUAAACUACAGAAGUUACAGAAGAUAAGGGUGAACUUUUUAAGGCUUGUUCAGAGACUAGGUGUCUCUCCAGAUGAUUCAUUGGUAGCACAGGUUCUAUAUCGUUUUGGGCUUGUAGCUGGUAGGUCUACUGGUCAGCUAUUUAGCUUUGACAAUGCAAAAAAUACGGCUAUUCAGCUUGAAGCGGAAGGAAAAGAAGAUUUAGACUUCUCAUUGAACAUACUUGUUCUUGGGAAAUCAGGUGUGGGAAAGAGUGCAACUAUAAAUUCAAUUUUUGGGGAAAAUAAAACUCCAAUCAAUGCAUUUGGGCCUGGUACAACUACAGUGAAAGAAAUUAUUGGGACAGUAGAAGGUGUUAAGAUCAGGGUUUUUGAUUCACCUGGUCUUAGAUCCUCUUCAUCUGAACGUCGUAUCAACAACAGAAUUUUAUCCUCAAUUAAGAAUGUAAUGAAGAAGUUCCCUCCUGAUAUUGUUCUUUAUGUGGACCGGCUGGAUAAUCAAACCAGAGAUCUUAAUGAUCUGCUGUUGUUAAGAUCAGUAUCCAGCUCCCUUGGUUCUUCCAUCUGGAAAAAUGCCAUCAUCACACUCACUCAUGCUGCCUCUGCUCCACCUGAUGGUCCUUCUGGUUCUCCUUUGGGUUAUGAGGUCUUUGUUGCUCAACGGUCUCAUGUUCUUCAGCAAACUGUUGCUCAAGCUGUUGGUGAUCUGCGCAUCCUAAAUCCAACUUUAAUGAACCCAGUAUCUCUUGUUGAAAAUCAUCCCUCUUGUAGAAAGAACAGAGAUGGCCAGAAGGUGCUUCCUAAUGGUCAAACUUGGAGGCCCCAGCUUUUACUUUUAUGCUUCUCUAUUAAAAUCCUGGCUGAAGUAGGAAAUCUUUCAAAAGCUCCAGAGACAUUUGACCACAGAAAGAUUUUUGGUCUCCGUGGCCGUUCACCUCCUCUUCCAUAUUUAUUGUCUGGUUUGUUGCAAUCCCGCACACACCCAAAGCUGGCAUCAGAUCAAAGUGGUGAUAAUGGUGAUUCUGAUAUUGAUUUGGCGGACAUGUCCGAUUCAGAUCAAGAAGAGGAGGAAGAUGAGUAUGACCAGCUCCCUCCUUUCAAGCCCCUCAGAAAAUCUCAGAUUUCUAAGCUUAGCAAAGAGCAAAGAAAGGCAUACUUUGAGGAAUAUGAUUAUCGGGUGAAGCUGCUCCAGAAAAAGCAGUGGAAAGAGGAAUUAAAAAGAAUGAGAGAUAUCAAGAAGAAGGGUCAACCUACUGUGAAUGAUUAUGGAUACAUGGGGGAGGAUGACCAAGAAAAUAGUAGUCCGGCGGCUGUACAGGUUCCUCUACCUGACAUGGCUCUUCCUCCUUCGUUUGAUGGUGAUAAUCCAGCUUACAGAUUUCGGUUCUUGGAGCCAACUUCUCAGUUCCUGGCGAGGCCAGUCUUGGACACCCAUGGUUGGGACCAUGACUGUGGAUAUGAUGGUGUGAAUCUUGAACACAGUAUGGCCAUUGUUAAUCGGUUUCCUGCUGCUGUUGCCGUUCAAAUUACAAAGGACAAAAAAGAAUUCAAUAUCCACUUGGAUUCCUCAGUUUCUGCCAAGCAUGGAGAAAAUGGUUCUACUAUGGCAGGUUUUGACAUUCAAAAUAUUGGUAGGCAGCUUGCCUACAUCCUUAGAGGAGAGACGAAAUUCAAAAAUUUCAGAAAGAACAAGACAGCUGCUGGGGUAUCAGUGACAUUCUUGGGAGAGAAUGUGUGCCCAGGACUUAAACUCGAGGAUCAGAUUACACUAGGGAAGCGAGUUGUACUGGUUGGUAGCACUGGCACUGUUCGAUCUCAGAAUGAUUCUGCAUUUGGUGCCAAUCUGGAAAUACGGCUAAGGGAGGCAGACUUCCCAAUUGGACAAGAUCAAUCAUCACUUGGUUUAUCUCUUGUAAAAUGGAGAGGAGACACAGCUUUGGGGGCGAACUUUCAGUCACAUUUUUCAGUUGGACGAAGUUACAAAAUGGCGGUACGUGCAGGAAUCAACAACAAACUAAGUGGGCAGAUCACUGUCAAAACAAGCAGUUCUGACCAACUUCAGAUUGCUCUUAUUGCUCUCCUUCCAGUUGCCAGGGCUAUUUACAACAUCCUACGUCCUGGAGUUGCUGAAAAUUAUUCAACCUAUUAGGAAUGGUAGAACAAUAGGGGGGUUUUCAAAGAGAUCUUAUUCCUUCAUCCAACUCAUGAGUUUCUAUGUUUUCUACAAUGAGGCCUCGUAUUCUGAAUGACAUUUUUGUCCUUGAUUUACUUUCAUUAAUCUAUUCUCCUUUCUCUCAAUUUUAACUCUAUAUUGAAUGAUGAUUAGCAUGAAAUUAUAGUAUUAAUGAAAUCAGCUAAUAAAGAACUGUAACAAUAUAAAUUCA